AUGACUACCAUCGGCGACGUGGGUCGGUUUGUCGCCGCAGCAUGUGAGCUACCCGAUGGAGAGUGGCAGCCUGUGAUGAGCAUGGCUUGGGAGACGAUCAAUAUUGCCCAAGUCACAAAGCUGAUUGAACAGAUCUUUGACAAGCCCAUCAAAACCUCACCGCUCAGCAAAGAGUACAUGGAGAGAUACGUGAAUUCUAUCGCCGGAAUAGGCAGCACCAGAGAAGAAAUUCUGCGCAAGAUGGUCUUUCAAAUCAAUCUCCUGGCGCUGGAGGAUGAGACUCCGGGAAAGUGUGUGCUGGUGCCUGUUGUCAACGACAUGUGUCCAUAUUAUGGAACCACAACGGUGCGGAUCUUCCUGCUGCGACUGGCUGCGGGCAUUCUCCGACCUCAUUGA